UCCAAGCGGCUUCUGCCGCGCGCAGACUGGUUAGAAGGAGGAGUGUGUCGAAUCCGUUGCGUUGUCUCUUUACUACGAAUUAUUAAAACAGAAAAAAAUCGUAGAUUUACUUAGCGUCACCACUCUCCAUCAGUUUUAUUUAAGUGUUAAAUUAAUGUUUAAAGGGUGGCAUGGUAUUUUUUUAAUUUAUUUUUAUCGAAACAGCAUGAGUGACAGAAAAACUACGUAUCGUCCAGUGUGGCGACACUUUUAAAGGCGGUUCGCGGGAUUAAGGAGGGGACGUCCAGCAACUUUAUACUUUUUCAAGCUUUGUUUUGUGUGUUAUUUUUGGUGAAGAGAAGUUUAUUUUUUUAUUUGCAUCGGUUAUUGCCCGGGUGCAUCCACGCCGGGGUAGAGGAGAAGGCACACAACGCGACGGCUGCUGCUGAGCUCCGGCUAGCUAGCGGCUAGCUAGCUGGUUCUUGGAUCUAAUAAUCAUAAUAAGGCCUGCUUGUCGGAGGAGAGAAGGGGGACAAUGCUCGACAUAAUGUCUGACCACCAAGAUUCGCUUCUGACGUGCAAAACUGAACCUUUGCCCCCAGAGAGGAAGAGAAGGACUGUGGAGGACUUCAACAAAUUCUGCAGCUUCGUCCUAGCCUAUGCUGGCUACAUCCCCAGUCCCAAAGAGGAAAGUUCAUGGUCACCGACAUCAUCAAGCUCCGCCCACAGUUCGGGGUUGUCUGCGGAUGGCGGCGGCAGCAGCUCUAUGAGCGCAGCGUGGGCUGACGGCGGCUCCUCGGACCUGCACACCAUCCACACGUUUGUGCGCAAGGCCCGCGCCAACAAGGGCAAAAGCCGCAUGCCCUCCGACAGCACCUUGUUGGACAAGAUGCGCCUCAAAGACACGCUAUACGACGGUACCAGUCCGGGCAAAGCCGAGCGCAGGAAGGACAAAAAGACCAAGAAGCUGUUUGGCUCGCCGUCCUCGACGGCGGCGGCAGCAGACAGUGGCAGCAGCGAAGGCGAGAAGCGGCCGCGCAUCAAGCGCUGCAAAAACAGCAAGCAGCCCAAAGCCAAGAGGUUCAAGAGCACCACGAUGCAUGAGCACAGCGACGCAGAGGAGCAGCGUGAGGGCGGGCCGGCAGGGCACGGGGACCCCAGCCUGCAUGGCGCCGCCGGGAAGACGCACUCAGACGAGACCAUGAGGGAUGCCGAAAUGAGCUCCAGCGAGGGCGAGACGUGGAUCGCCGACGAAGACAUCAUGGUGGAGUCUGGCGACGACUCGUGGGACCUGAUCACAUGCUACUGCGGGAAACCGUUUGCCGGGCGGCCGAUGAUAGAGUGCAACCAGUGCGGGAUCUGGGUGCACUUGUCCUGCGCCAAAAUCAAGAAGUCCAACGUCCCCGACAUCUUUUACUGCCACAAGUGCAGGGACUUGAGGCGGUCGGGACACAAAAAAGACACUUAAAAACAAACUAGAGGGGGUGGCGUGGUCUGGUUGGUUGUCAAGCCAACCCCUUUGCUUUUGUUGCCUAAAACAACCAAAAACAGCCUAACCUGUCACUGUAUUUGUCGUUAUUUUCGGACAAUCAACUGUUUUUGCGUUGGAUGGAAUGUUUUUGCAUUUGUGACAAGCAUAGAUCGUCUUAAGGGUAGGCACUGUUAGCUUCCCGUAAAUAUAAGCCGAGGAUGUCCCGUAUUUUGUCUAAAAAGGCAGCUGGGUUUUUUUUUCCCCUUUUCAUUUUUUAAGUUGUCAGUGAUAGUCACUGAUUCUUGAGAUUUUAACCCGAUUUUGGGGGACCCAGACCCCAAGGGUGAGUAUCUUCUUCAGAGGAUGGGCUGUUUUUGUUGUUGUGCAUCACUUUCAAAUUCAAGCAGUGCACUUUUUUUCUGUCCAUGACUGAGCGCUUAUACUCUGUACGAGCUUUGUACGUCACAAUCAUACGGUUUUUUUAACCUUCACCAGGCUGUUUUUCCUUUACGUUAGCGCUCUUAAAAGGCUAGUCGUCUCCCGCUUUAAGACAAUUGUAAAAGUGUACAGAGAAUAAUUCGAUGCCAUGGACGUUUUUUGGAAUUUUGUCUAUUUUUGGUUUUAUUGUUAUUUUUGUUGUUUGUUGGAGAUUGGUGAGUAGCGUUUUUUUGCGCACUCUUUCUCUCUCUGUUGUGUUGUACAAAUCGCGUUCUUUGACAAAUGUACAUAUGUGAAAGUUCCAGAGAGAAAAAAAAUAGCCAUGCAAAAAAAAGUCUAUUUUCUGCAGUUCUGCAUUUUUUUUUUUUUCUUUAACCGUAGUUUGGAAAAUAAAAAGUCUUCUUUGGGAAAAUACAAUGUUUUGGGGACCUUUUCAUAUCAUGUUUAUUUACAUAAUACCUAUGUAAAACUACAUUGAGGAAUUGUUGACAUUAAAGUUUAUGGCAAUAUUAUGACGGAGAUGCGCACAGGUGACUGGGACCCUGCUCCCCGAUGUCGAGGUGCGGUGCACCUGUUUUUGAACGCUUGACCUCCGUAAAUGGAAAAAGAUGAGUGCAUAAGACAAAAGCAGCCAUAGUUCAGUGGAGAUGAGACUGGUUCUGCACGCUGCAGCUGUUGACGCUUGACUUAACAGGUAAGGAACUUACUGUUGCACUUGCACCUUUCUAAAUAGCACCAUAAGCCAGGGGUGUGCAAAGUGCAGCAAAGGGGCCGUUUUCGGACCUCAGCUUGUUCGUUUUAAUGGUAUCUUAGAUAUUGCUCUAAUUUGCUUAUAUACAGUGCAGGGUUUCCCCAAGGAUUUUCUUAAGCUGUGGUGGUGGGCUGCAUGGGGGGGCAGACUGCCGCUGCUGCGUCUGCAGUUUAAAAAAAAAAAAAGACAGCCAUUUUUUUAUGACUUAUUUAACUCUUUUUUUUUUUUUUUUAACUAGCCGAACAUGAACUGAGAACAUAGCAAAACUGU